GCCGAGGCCACACCCAGCGGCGAGGCGAGCCGAUCGGGCCGGAGUCGCCCCGCGCCCAGCCCCGCGCGCCCAGCCCCGCGGAGAGCCCGCGGCCCCGGAGGAGAGCCCGGCGCCCCGCGCCCCGCGGCCACCAUGCUGGCUUUGUUCAGCAAGCUGCUGGACUGGUUCCGGGCGCUCUUCUGGAAGGAGGAGAUGGAGCUCACGCUGGUCGGGCUGCAGUACUCGGGCAAGACCACCUUCGUCAACGUGAUCGCGUCAGGACAGUUCAACGAGGACAUGAUCCCCACCGUGGGCUUCAACAUGCGCAAGAUCACCAAGGGCAACGUGACCAUCAAGCUCUGGGACAUCGGGGGGCAGCCCCGCUUCCGGAGCAUGUGGGAGCGCUACUGCCGCGGAGUGAGCGCCAUCGUGUACAUGGUGGACGCCGCGGACCAGGAAAAGAUCGAGGCCUCCAAGAACGAGCUGCACAACCUGCUGGACAAGCCCCAGCUGCAGGGGAUCCCGGUCUUAGUCCUGGGGAACAAGCGGGACCUCCCGGGAGCGCUGGAUGAGAAGGAGCUGAUUGAGAAAAUGAAUCUGUCUGCCAUCCAGGACCGAGAGAUCUGCUGUUACUCCAUUUCCUGCAAAGAAAAGGACAAUAUCGACAUCACCCUACAGUGGCUUAUCCAGCACUCGAAGUCACGAAGGAGCUGAGACGGCGGCCCCCCCACCCUCGGACCAGGGACCCACCACCCAGACCUGAAGCCGAGCUCCCCGCGCCCCCCCAAAGCCCUCCCCCCCCCCGCAUCGCCAGUGUGGGGAGGGGCCCUCGGGGACCCCAGAGUCCUGUUCUGCUGAGGUUUGAACUCCUGUUUUUAUUGUAAAAUAAAUCGCUCCCCCUGGUCCCCUAACCUCCCCCUUACCCAUCCGCCCCCUCCCCCCGGCCCUCCCCCACCUGCUUCCCCCUCUCAGCAGCCCCGGCCCCAGCCCCCCAACCCCGACCCCGUCCCCCGACCCUGUCCCUGCCUCCUUCAACACUUCGGUUAUCGUCCUGUGUGUACAGUAUAUAUAUGUAUAUAUAUUUUAAUUUUUUAAUUUAAGCAAAGACUAAAAUCAACCAUCUGAUGCUGGGGGGGAGGGGCAGGCAGGGGCGGGGAGGGGCGGGCAGCCUGGCGGGGGGGGGGGGUCGCGGGCACGGGGGGCAGGUUCCAGCCUGGACACUGGCGGCCGCCCCAUGCCCGGUGCCCGCGCCCGCAUGUCCCACAGCCAUGGAGCCCCCCCCGAGGCCCCCUGGUGCCCCCCUGCCUCCAGGGGGCGCCCCGGCACAGCCAGCUGCCCCAGACCACCAGGCCCCGGGCGGGGGCCCAGCACCCGUGUCCUGUGCCCUCCCAGGCCGCCCCCUCCCUCGGGCACCCCGCGUUCUGUCCUCCGUUUCUUGUUUGUUUGUUUUUAUUUUUUUACAGCGGUACCAGGAGGGCGCUCAGCAUGGGGGCGGCUCCGGGUUCUGUGUGUGUGUGUGUUUAUUUAAUUUAAUGAAUUGUAAAGUGAGGGCCCUUUUUUUUAUAUAUAUAUAUGUUCCAGCUCCUAUUUUAACCUCCGUUUGGGACGCAGUCCUUGUAACUGUACUUUUUUUUUUUUUUUUUUUUUUUGCCUCCUAACAAGAAACAUGAAUAAAUUAGCCAUUUUGUGCUGGGG